GCUGGUACUCCUCCUACUACUGGCAAAUGUAGUUCUCUUCCUGGUCCAACACCACCUUCUGCUCCUCUAACACCAGGUCCUGCUAAUCCAAAAAGUGCUCAAGAUUCUGGUAAAGCUUCUUGUCUUGAUGAAGGGGAAAGUGACGAUAAUUGUCAUUCUGAGAGUGCUGAUACGUCUUGUUCUUCUACGCCUUCUGAUUCUACUGUUGGUCAUACUUGUCCUCAAACCGCCGUGCAAAAGCCGAAUCACGAUGAGCUCGGUGCUGCAGCUGCUCCUCCAGGUGAAAGAGGUGAACAGGGUCCUUCU